GUCGGAGGGGGGGGCAUCUAUUCUGGUGAGAGGAAGUUUCCCUUCAUCAGACAACGGCUGCAGUGGGGCCCCUCGCUUGCCCUCUGUCCCGCCGUCACCCCUCCCCCCCCCACACACACACACACACACACACACUGAUUCAUCAUUUCACUCGUUCAUGUCGUUUUCAAUCAGAUCGUCCACGAAACUAUUUAUCUUAUUAUCAUAUCCAUUAUUUAUUAUCGUAAUUUUAUUUUGAUGCUUUUCUCCCGAUCACUGUCUGUUGUGGCUGAGCCAGUGACAUCACCGUGACAUCACCGUGACAUCAUCGUCAGGAGGAACGAGGAAGCAGACGGGCUGCGUCUGAACUUACUCCCUUGUUCCUUUGUUCCUUUGUUCCCUCGUUCCCUCGUUCACUUGUUCACUUGUUCACUUGUUCACUCGUCUGGGGCGACACUCCCCCUUGUGGCAGCAGACGGAACUGGUUUUAGUGUCUGAGAUAUUAAUAUGAUCCUGUAUGAAUAUUAAUCAUCAGUGAAAUGUUGUUGUUAUACAGUUUGAGGUCAGGAUGUGAUUGGCUGUGUGCAGACUGCUGUUGACAUUGUUUUCAUGGUUGACCGUGUGGACGGACGGCCGGCGGCGACCAUGGAGCUGAGGCCGAGCGUCGAGUAUCACGACCUUGAGGCCGCCGAGGCGCUUGUCAGCAUGAGCUUCUGGGGUCAGAGGUUGCACAAGCCCCGCCCCCUGACGCCCACCUCCGACUCGUGUGAUUCCAUGCAGCUCCACCUGGACGGAGGCGACGCCCCCAAAGACCUGAUCGCUCUGUCGUCGCUGUGUAUGACUCCGCCUCACAGUCCGAGCUUCGCCGAGUCCUCCUCCGCUCCAAGCUCUGCCCCCAGGCCCGUCUUACCCCGCCUGGGGCUUGGUGCCAGCUCCGCCCUCUUCUGUGACUCCUCCCCCUCAGAAACCUCAGCGCUUCCACCUCAGACAGAGUCGUCCUGUGUGGCUCCCCCCAGCAGAGCCAUGGCAACCAGCGUCAUCCGCCACACCGCCGACAGCCUCAGCCUUCCUCCUCCUCUUCUUCCUCCCCCACCGCCCGCCGCCACGGAAACCCCGCCUCCUGCAGCAACGCCUCCAUCUCCUCCCUCCUCGGCGUCUCCUCCUCACUCCUCCCCAGUGUCUUCCUCCUCCUCCUCUUCCUCUCCGGUCUUCUGCCAGGUGAUCCCAGUGAGCGGCCGGACGGGGAUGAUCUCCGCCUUCGUCCAGGCACCGCUUCAGGUGCACACUCAGGGGGGUCCCAAGCACAUCCUGCCCCAGUCUCCUCCCAGCUUCGCCCAGCCCCUGCUGGUGGGCUCCGCCGUGCCGCAGGGGACCGUGAUGUUCGUGGUCCCGCAGGCGCCCGUGUCCCAACCUCCGCUGGGCCCGCACACCGUCAUGACGCUGGGCAACACCAAGCUGCUGCCGCUGGCCCCCGCUCCGGUCUACAUGCCAUCGGGAGCGAGCGGUGGCGGCGCCUCGCAGGCCGACUUCUCCCGCAGGCGGAACUACGUCUGCAACUUCCCCGGCUGCAAUAAGACGUACUUCAAGAGUUCACACCUGAAGGCUCACCUGCGCACACACACAGGUGAGAAGCCGUUCAGCUGCCACUGGGAGGGCUGCGACAAGAAGUUCGCUCGCUCCGACGAGCUCUCCCGCCACCGCCGGACACACACCGGCGAGAAGAAGUUCGUCUGCAACGUGUGCGACCGGCGCUUCAUGCGCAGCGACCACUUGACCAAACACGCCCGGCGGCACAUGACCUCCAAGAGGGCUUCCUCGUGGCCUGCCGCCGAAACCGCAGACCUCAACAGAAUGGCCCCGCCCAAGGGCCAAGCCAGAGGCCCCGCACUUCCCCUCGGCGUGCUGGUUUCCACCGCCAACUAGCGUCUCAGUCAGGGGCCCACAGGGCCGACUCAGGACCCCUGCAGGGGCGGGGGGUUGUUUCACUCUGCUCCGCUCGCCACAUCAGGACGAUCUUUUCUACUCCACAAACCACAAUCGCCUGCUGGGCCGCGGCCACGUGUACACACAGGGUCGUGCCUUCGAACAGGGACUCGAUGUUGCCAUGGUCACCAUGUUUUUCUUGUUGGCGUAGAAACAGAGCAUCCAAGCGACUGUUCCUCUGACUCACCAGCGCCCCCCUCAGGCUCAAAUACUCAGUACACUCCGAUGGGUCUGCAGCUAGCUAAGGGAGCUAGAGACAGCUAACGUUUAGCAAACGAUGACUUUGAUCAAUGAAAUAUUUGCUAAUUUUCUGUCAAUUGACUUAAGCAUUAAUCGAUCGAUCAUUGCAGCUCGUCACUCGAGAGAACGACAAUUCACCAGUGCUGCUUCCAACCACUGCUAUGACUCCAGAUUCGUUAGCAACCAAGCUAACGGAAGCUAGCUAAACUUUUCUUCUUCUUCUUCUUUAGUGACUUUUCUCCGGUCGUAAAACACUCCGGCUGGUUGUGCUAACAGUUAGCUCAACGGUUUGAACAAGGUUUUAACGGCCGCCCUGACAUGAGUUGGUGUCGACAGACGGAGCCGCCGGCGGCGGACGACAGCGAGUUUCCCAUUUCCUGCUCAGGACAUUUUAUUCCCAUCAACCACAAACUCACCAGGAGGCGACAGGCUGCUAAUUCAUCCACGGACAGACACCAACAGAAACCUGACAUUGCACUGGAUUUUUUAAAAUCUUGCUUGUUUUGUACUCUCUCCGUGUAAAACCAUGUUUACUUCAUGUGUAAAUGUCACGUUAGGAAAAUGUAUGCACUCGUUUUUUUUUUGCCAAAGCCUCUGUACUGUGCUUCUGUUGUCAGUCUGUGACUGUACAUACUGUAAAUAUAUUGAUAUAUAUAUGAAUGUUAUAUGUAUUCCAAUCUGCAUUUAUUGACAGUACGAGUUAUUGAUCUUUUACAAAUGUCAGUGGACAGUAUUCCUCACUGUGAUACUACCUACUACCUUUGCUUUAGACAUUUUUAUUAUUAUUAUUAUUUAAUAAACAUUUGUGAGGAAAAACGUGCUGUUUUGUAUAGCUUGAGUUGGCCCAUAGUGUAGCCAGUAAGAAAAUACCUCAUGUUAUCAAAUGUUAACGACUUUUAUUGGAAUAAUCUCAUUUCUGAACAUUUGCCUGAAAAGUGAUGGAGAAGGAACAAAAACAGGCUUUUAUAAUAAAACAUUACAAACAAAUAAGA